GGUAAAAGGAAGAAAAAACAGUAGCCUUUUCCUUUUGAGAAUACAGCAAUGGCGGAUCAAAGUUACCAACAGAAAAAGACAGAAAUGGAGUCCGCUGCAGAGGUUUCCAAGCAGCUGAAGCGAAAGAAACGCAUGAAAUGGAUUGUUUACGCAUUAGCUUUCGCCAUCUUCCAGACUAUUGUCAUCUUGGUUUUUUCACUUACAGUCAUGCGUUUCAAAAAUCCCAAGUUCAGGGUCCACUCUAUCACCGUCCAGGAUCUCACGGCGUCCGCCCCCAACCCUCCUUCUUUCAGCAUUAAACUCAACGCCCAAGUUGCCGUAAAGAACACAAAUUUCGGCCACUUCAAAUUCCAAAACACCACCAUUUCGUUCGAUUACGGGGGAGUUGGAGUUGGAGAUGCAUUGGUUGCUAAAGGAAGAAGCAAGGCAAGAUCCACAAAGAAGAUGAAUGUCGCUGUGGAAUUGAACUCAAGCAAUAUACCAAAUAAUUCAAGCUUGCAAAGUGAUAUUGAAUCAGGGUUAUUGGCAGUGAACUGCCAUUCCAAAUUGAGUGGGAAAGUGCAGUUGAUGAAAUUGAUCAAGAAGAAGAAAUCUGCAGAAAUGAGAUGCGCCAUGAUAGUAAAUUUGGUGACCAGAAAUGUCCAAGAUAUCAAGUGCCGAUAG